GAUUCCGAAAAAAUUUAUUUCUAAUUUUUUGAUCUACCCUUCAAGAAAGAACCAGGAGGGUUGACGGUUAAGUAAAAAUGCCUAGCUAGCUACAAAUAUUUCAAAACCUUGAUCCUAGAAAACAAGUCAUCAGAUACAAUGAAUACUCAAGAUCUUGUUCAUGUCUUACUGGUCUCUUAUCCUGCUCAAGGCCAUAUUACCCCUUUGCUCAGAUUAGGCAAUCUCCUUGCUUCCACAGGUCUCCUUGUCACCUUCUCAACUACAAAAGAUGCUGGAAGUUCCAUCCGAAAAGCUAGCAAAAACAUCGAUGAGGCCAGUCCAGUUGGUGAUGGUAUGAUCCGGUUCGAGUUCUUCGAUGAUGGACUAGUCCAAAAUAAUGAUGGUCAGGAACGCCCAAGUCUUGACUACAAAGUUGCUCAGGUUGCGUUGCAUGGAACAGAGGCCGUCACGAGAAUUGUCAAAAAACACGAAAGAGAAGGCCGCCCUGUGGCGUGCCUAAUCAACAAUCCUUUCGUUCCAUGGGUUUCGAAUAUUGCUGAGACACUAAACAUUCCAAAUGCAGUGCUUUGGGUGCAAUCUUGCGCUUGUUUUUCAGCUUAUUAUCAUUACUACAACAAACUGGCUAUAUUUCCAACCGAAUCUGACCCCGAAAUUGAUGUCCAAUUGCCUUCCAUGCCUUUACUCAAACAUGAUGAGAUCCCUAGCUUCUUGCACCCUCAAACUCCUUUUCCGGUUUUGAGAGAAGUUAUUUUAGGCCAGUUCAAAAUGUUGCCGAAAACAUUUUGUGUACUGGUAGAAACAUUUCAAGAACUCGAAACUGAAGUCAUUGAAUACAUGUCAAAAUUUUGUCUUCUAAAACCUAUUGGUCCAUUAUUCAAGAACCCUAAAUCUUCGAACUCUAGCAUUCAAGCUGAUUUCAUUAAAGUCGACGACUGCAUGGAUUUCUUGAACUCCAAGGAACAUGCAACAGUUGUUUAUAUAUCGUUUGGUAGCGUUGUUUCUUUAAAUCAAGAACAAACAAAUGAAAUCGCUUAUGGAAUUCUGAAUUCCGGUGUUUCAUUUCUAUGGGUCUUAAAGCAACCUACCAUGCCUGGUUCCGGCCUCAGUGUUGUUUUACCUGAAAAUUUCCUGGAAAAAAUUGGUGACAAGGGCAAAGUUGUGAAUUGGUGCGCACAAAAAGAAGUUCUUCAACAUCCAUCCGUGGCAUGUUUUGUAACACAUUGCGGAUGGAACUCGACGUUGGAGGCGAUUAGUAGUGGCGUCCCGGUGGUGGCCUUUCCGGCGUGGGGUGAUCAAGUGACUAAUGCCAAGUACUUGGUUGAUGUGUUAGAGGUGGGAGUUAGGUUAAGUAGAGGUGACCAAACUGAAAAAGUUGCGAUUUCGAGGGACCGAAUUGAAAAGUGCUUGAAAGAGGCUUUUGGACCCAAGGCAGCUGAGCUGAAAAAGAAUGCACUCAAGUGGAAGCAAGUGGCGGAAGAAGCGGUGGCUGAAGGUGGCUCAUCUGAUCGGAAUUUGAAAGACUUUGUGGACAAAAUUAAGAAUGUACCUCCGUAACAAUUAAUUAAGUGUUCUUAAAUUUUAAGAUAAUGAUAGCAAUUGAUUAAGUCUUUAGGUACACGUUAUGUAUUUUACUCUUAUAUAUAAUUCCAAGACUUGCAGUAAAAGAUCUAAUAUC